AUUUGUUACACCUAUAUAAAAGCGAGCACCCCAUUUUCUAACGCGCGCAUUUCAAUUUUAAAGUGAUACAGUGGGGUUCGCUAUCAUGUUUUCGACGAUUGUGAUUUUCUGUACGUUAUGUGGAUUUUCGAGUAGUUCCGGCUUGCAUCCGAUCGCGCCUGCUGGUUCAGCUCCGAUCGUGACAGCGUCCAGCUCACAAUAUUUUGAAAGGACUUUUAAUCGCUUAGUGGCAGCGGAUCCGGUGCUACAACCAGUGAUUCCAGUAGCCCCUGUGCCAGUUCAACCACCUGUAGCAGUUGCUCCUGUCAGACCUAUAAUUCCUGUGUUCCCGGUGCCAUCAGUCCAACCUGAAGUGGUAGAUGCGAUUAGAACGACAUCGGUUCCAAUAAGGCCUACAAAUCCACCUCAACCUCAAGACAAUUCAGAGGAGCCAAAUGUAGCCAUAGCUAUAGCCACUGCUCAUGCUGCCGCACCUGUAGCCACAAUUCUUCUUCCUCCUUAUCCGUUCGGAUUCCCUCCAUCGUUUGGAUUUGUUCCUCAGACAUCUCCAGUUCCUACAGAGGUCCCUCAAACAAAAGAAACCACUACAAAGCAGAGUACAACAAUCCAACCUCAAGCAACAACAACAACAGAACGUCAACAAGACUCUAUUACCUCUGCACCAACAAAUAUUGACAAUAGUUUCGCUCAAGCACUACCUUCAAAUGAGAAUGUAAACUUUAGACAAUAUUUAGCACCACAGCCUAUCCCUCUACCACAUCCUCAAAAAAUUAAAACCAGUGUGGAAGUGGUCCCGGUUCCGUUACAAUAUAUUGCUCCCCCGCCACUUAAUUUGCACCAUCACCACCAUCAUCAUCAUCAACAGCAUCAUCAUCAUCAUCACCAGGCUAUAAAAGUCGUACCACAUUUCCAUACAUUUAUACCAAAGCCGCACAAGAUAAUUAUAAGGCCAAUAUCCGGACCAAUAAGAAUAAGAAUGAUGCGGAUACCUGCAGGUUUGGCGACUUACGGACCACCAAAAUUGGUGAGGGGAAUAUCAAAAAAAUAUUCUCAAAGCACCAAACCCAAGCCUCGUAAUACUGAAGUAUCGAAACCUUUACCUUUAAAUAGACCAAUUACGCAGCCACCGAGAGAGUAACCGUUCCAUAGUUAA